CAGACACGUGACAAUGACGUCUAAUGGAGCGAAGACAGUUUUUCCCGCGAACGACAACACUGAACACGCUCAUUAAGGAAGAAAAGCAUGCUGGCUAUCCGUAAAAGACGUAGAAGACCUCAGCAGGAUGCUGAAGAUAACAUCAUAUUUGAAACUGAAAAGCCUGGUCUUCAAGAGCAGUACAUCAGCAAAUAUAAAGGCCGUGGCGUUUUCACCACUGAAUCUUUCUGCAGAGGAGACUUUGUUCUUGAAUACAGAGGUGAACUUCUGAGUUCAAAGGAGAGUCUUGAACGAACUAAAAACUACACUGAAACUGAGAGCACAUUCUUGUUUGAUUUUCAGUGGCAUGGAAAAUAUUGGUGUAUGGAUGCAUCCAAGGAAGACAAGUCCCUGGGAAGACUUGUCAACGAUGAGCACAAAAAUCCAACUUGCAAAAUGAGAACUGUUGAAGUGAAGAAAAAGCCUCAUCUUUGUCUAUUUGCUGUACGAGACAUUUUACCAGGUGAAGAAAUCACUUACAACUAUGGCGACUCGGACUGGCCGUGGAGAGCCAAGUCUUUAAAUGAACCGUCAACAGAAUCCAGUGAUGUAAAAUCAGUCAGCAGUUUGGGCCCACAGAAAUCGCAGCGGUUUCAAUCAAGAAUGUCAAAGUUGCGACAACAUCAUGAAGAUUGUUAUAAUCGCUUUAAAAGAGCAGAGACUGAGAGGAAUGAGAGUGAAAAGAAACAUCUCAAGCUAUUGCAUGAUCAGGUCACUAAACAGCUGUCACAAAAAGAUUGCUCGCUGUCCCCGUCACCCACUGAAGUAUGCACAUCUGAUACACCAUCACAUUCACCACUUAAUGUGCCGCAAUCCUCAUCACCUUUGCCCUGUGCUGCAUCCACCGCAGGGAAUGGCUUAUCACAGGAACCUGAGCCUGUCUCAUUAAGGGAGUACUCAUGGAAAGCCCUCAGUGAUUCAGAUGUUACAGACUACAGCGAUGUUGACUAUGUACCCAAGAGCAGCUCAGACGAAUCAGAUGAUAGUGCUUCUGGAUAUAGCAUGGUUGAAAGUAGCUUAGAUGAAGCUAAUGAAAAGACUUCUGGAAAAGGUAUGGUCAAAAGUUCUCUGAAAAAUCCAACUUCACCUUUUUCACAAAGCUAUAAAGAUACAAGCAGUUCAUCAGACACAGGCGUGACAACACCAUCACCAAAUGCUAAAGUGCAAUGCAAAACCAAAGAGACAGACCCCUCUUCUGAAGAUAGGUCUUUUAUUCAAUCAAUGCCAUCACCUGUGCAGGAUCGCAAGUCAUAUAAGAAGCAGUAUUGUCUUUAUUGCUCUAAGCCUUUUUCAAAAAUGAAAAGGGGCAACUUUGCCCACAACACAGAUGUGGCAAGAAAUGGACAUGGAGAGAUGGUUGCCUGCUACCGUCCAAAAGAGAGCAAAAAAGCCAAGGAUUUCAUUCACUGUGUUUACUGCCAAGGGCUUUACAACAAGCGUAGCCUUUGGAAACAUUUAAAGAACUGUCCUCUGAAACCUAAAGAUGAUGAAUCCAAGGGCAGGAAAAGAGUCCGAUCACUCUGCGCUCUGAAAACUCCAGUUGGUUUAGAAGUGAGCAAAGGUUUAAAGAAUAUACUUUCCAUUAUGAACUAUGAUGAAGUUUCCCGUGUUGUUCACUCUGACUGCUGCAUCAUGCAACUGGGGGAGCACAUGUUUAAUAGGAUGGGAUCUGAUGUUAAUAAACAUGACUACAUCAGACAGAAGAUGAGAGAAGUUGGCAGACUUCUUCUUGAAGCAAGGAAGAUUACUCGGCUAAGAUCUAUGGUGGACUUCAUCAUUCCAGCAAAUUUCAAACAAGUCAUUUCAGCUGUUAAAGUUGUAUCUGGCUAUGAUGAAGAGAAAAACUGCUACCGCAUUCCCUCUCUAGCUCUCAAACUUGGUCAUUCUUUAAACAAGAUCUGUAGUAUUGUUGAGAGCAAUGCCAUGAUGUACGGAGACCAUCAACGUGCUGAGUGUGCUCGAGACUUCAGAAAAAUACACCAGGCAAGAUGGAACGAAUACAUUUCUGCUGGUGCUUUAACUACUUUAAAAGAAGCCAAGUGGAACACGCCUCAGAUCAUUCCUUUCACUCAAGAUGUCAAAGUUCUGCAUGCACAUCUGGAAAAGAAACACAAACAGUUCCUAAGCAAGCUCAGAAACUGCCCAUCGGCAAAAAGCUAUUCAGCUCUUGCUAAGGUCACAUUGACGCAAGUCAUCCUGUUCAACAGAAGAAGAGAAGGUGAGGUAUCACGAAUGCUUUUGGCAGCUUUUAAAAGCAGGGAUUCUUCUGAGCUACAUGAAGACCUAGCGAUCUGUCUUUCGGAGUUCGAGAGAAAGUUGUGUCUGCACUUCACCCGAGUUGAGAUCCGUGGUAAACGAGGGAGAAAGGUUCCUGUGCUUCUCAAGCCUUCAAUGGUUUCUGCCAUGGAGCUGCUUGUUGAAACACGUGAGGUUUGUGAAGUCCCAGCUGAGAAUCCUUUUCUGUUUGCCAGAUCAGGAGCAAUGCCUGCAUACCGAGGAGGAGAGUGCAUUUACAGAGCUGCUCAGGAAUGUGGCAUAAAGAAUCCAGAAGCACUGUCAUCAACUAAGCUGAGGAAACACAUAGCAACCAUGUCAAAAAUCUUGAACCUUGAUGAGAACGAAGCAGAUCAAUUGGCUGAUUUCCUCGGUCAUGAUAUCAGAAUCCACAGACAAUAUUACCGCUUACCGGAGGGGACGCUGCAGCUGGCAAAGAUGAGCAAGGUCUUGUUAGCAAUGGAAAAGGGAACACUCUCAGACUUCAAAGGAAAGACGCUUGAUGAGAUUGAAAUUGACCCAAAUGAACAAUUUGAACCCCUCGUUAAUGAUAUGUCAAGUGAUGAGGAGGAUUGCAGCGACCCAUCUCAGUCAGCAUCCCCAGAAGAGACGGCUCAACUGUCUGGAUCACAAAAGGAUCAAAGUUCUUUAAAGGCUCCAAAAAGAAAAUGGGAGGACAUUGAGGUAAAAGCAAUAGAAAGGCACAUGAUGAGGUUCAUCAAGACAUGCAAAGUUCCUGGUAAGCAAGACUGUGAAAGAUGCAUUGAAGCAGAGCCAGAGGCUUUGAAGGAGCGAACAUGGACUGGCCUGAAAAACUAUGUGCGAAACAGGAUCACAACUCUCAAAAAAAAGGGUGCUUUGUAGCCGUGUAGAAGUAAAAUGACUUUUCAAUAUUCAGCACUUUUUUGAAUUUUGUUUCAUAAGCUGUUCACCACUAUGUGUUUAACACUUUUUCAUUUUCUCUUGAAAAAACAGUUGUUAAAAGUAGAAGUGAAAGGGAUGAAGAGGGAGGAGUGAAAGUGAAGUAGACGGAAAAGAGGGAGGAGUGAAAGUGAAGUAGACGGAAAAGAGGGAGGAGUGAAAGUGAAGUAGAUGAAAAGAGGGAGGAGUGAAAGUGAAGUAGACAAAAAGAGGGAGGAGUGAAAGUGAAGUAGACAAAAAGAGGGAGGAGUGAAAGUGAAGUA